AUGAGUCGCUUGAACGUGGAUACCACAGUUGGAGGAAAUCACCAGAGAUAUUCAUUUAUGGAAACACCACUCGAAAUGCACCCUUCAUCUUACCAGCGGGACCUAUCGUCGCCUCCCCCAGCGGACCAGAGCGCGACCCCGCAGCCUCAUGCAGCGGAAGGACCCUUGAAAGAGCGACAGCGAGCAUGGUCAUAUGCACCAAGUGAGAAAGAGCAAUUUCAAAAUCAGGGAAUAAUCCCGGACUAUGCCAACUGUCCGCCGCUCGAGCAGCACCCGGCCAAUUAUGCGCCUUUGGUUCAAAACCAGCAGCAGCAGCAACAGCAACUACAGCCACAACAUAACAAUUCGAUGUCUCCUCAGACGUACGCAAUCGCGCCCGAGCACCAGCAGCAUGUCGCUCAAGUUUAUGCCCAAUCCUAUACAAGCCAGUCGUAUACAAACAUAGCGGAACAACAAAGUCGCACGAUGUCUCCUCAGACGUAUGCGAGUCAGCCGUAUACAAAUAUACCAGAGCGACAGCAGCACCAAUGGCACCAACAGAUUGGCAUGACCAUAUCUCCCCAGUAUGCGAACAUACCCGAACAACAGCACAGCACCCCGAUGUCCCCCAACUCAUACUCGAGUCAUCCGUAUGCGACGCAGUCAUACGUCCACAUCCCGGAACAACAGCGGAGCGUCGAAACAUCCCAGCAAUAUGGCUCGUGUACCGAAACCCCCGGCUCGCCACCCAAUUCGCCAGGGCCACUGCCGGUGAAGGUAAACCCCGAAGCUCCAACACGAAGCGAAACCAUGACCAUUGCCCCGGACGAAAAUCCAUUACAGUCACCCAAGUCGCCCUAUUUCCCUCCACCUACCAGAGCGACAACAUCGCACGCUGCCCAACCAGAUGACCUGAGCGCAUACCACCAGCCUGGCCAAACCACCCAUCCAAAUCAGGAGAUGAAGGGAGGAGGAUGGAGCAACGGACUGUGCGAAUUUUCGAACUUCGGAAUCUGCUGUCUGGGACUGUUAUGUCCGUGCAUUUUGUAUGGGAGGACACAACACCGACUUUCGAUGAAAUCAAGAAAGGAGGACCCGACCAACAUGCUCGGCUAUGAGACAUGCAACGGGUCAUGCACGGCGAUGGGACUGCUAUGCGGAUGUCAAUGGUUACUGGCCACGGUCCAACAUACCAGAACGAGAAAAACAUAUGGGAUCCAGGGUAGUAUUGCAUCGGACUGCGUGCGCGCAUCCUGCUGUACAUGCUGCACAUUGAUUCAGGACGAGAAGGAGAUCCAGAAGCGUGAGGAGUACCGCUCUCGUGCAGCCAGGGAACGGGGGGUUACUCUGCUCUCGCCGUAUACCACUCCUGGCCCGAUGUCGUAUAGUCCGCCACCGAGAUAA